CAACGAGACUUGACCGCACCAAGCCAUGAACGUUUCCAAACAUUCAACCGGCGCGUCUCCCAUCCGUCGGCGUCGCCUCAUCAUCUUCCUCGCCAUCCUGACUGCCUUCGUCCUCUACUUUCGCUCAUCUCUGUCCCUACCCGAGUCCCUCAAGGAUGUGGGGGAUUCCGUCCUUUCACGAGCAUCGGUCGCCAAGCUGGCCUUGACCAAACAACGUAAACGGCCGGUGGAUGAGAUAUAUGGGUUGAUACACCUGGUGACGGGUGACGUCGAGCAUGAGCAUAUCCUUAGUCAUAGCAUGACGAUGCUCGACCCAACUAAGCCGCUUGACAUGCGUAUUUAUGCUGCAGAUGAGGGCGACGACGUAGAUUGGGAAGUAGAAAGGAAGAUGCUGGAUAAGCGGUUCCCAGUGGUCGUGUUCAGUAAGAGUUACUGCCAAUUCUCCAAGCGAGCCAAGACGCUAUUAGAGUCGUACGACCUCGAUCCACCCGUGAAGAUUAUCGAGGUCGAUUUGAGAGAUGACUCGGUCCAGUUAAAAUCACUUCUCACGCGUCUAACAUCCCAUAGUACAUUCCCCAACAUUGUUGUCCGAGGAAAUUCUAUCGGAGGUAGUGAUGACUUGGCGAAGCUGCAUGCUGAGGGCAAAUUGAAGGGCAUCCUCCAGGGGGCCGGAGUGAAAGUAAAGGGGUAAAUAUAUUGGAAUGGCUGUACAAUAUCAAGGCGCAUAUGGGCGGACUGGUUUGUAAUCUUGUAACUCGCUUUAUGUGUAGGGACUGAUCUGUAUUCCUGGGAAAAACCUGAUGUAUCACGAACGGUAUUUGUUGUAGUAUCAAGGAGAUUUUUCUGCUUGACGAUGCUUCCGUCGACGUCCUGACUACAAAUGACAGCGUUUAUGCACUAGA